AUGGCGGAUUCGUCGGUAUCGUCUGCUACGGAGAGGACGCCGAUUAAAGCUGCCACAUCUGUUAGAUAUGAUGCGAAACCUGCGGAGGUUGAGAAUGGUCCUAGACCGGCGGAUGGAAUUACGGGCUUGUACGAAGGAAAUGUCUUUGAAGCGUCGCCUGAGAAUCGUCGACAGUUGGGUGUAUUCAGCGCGACUCUGCUAAUCUUCAAUCGUGUUAUUGGAACUGGUAUUUUUGCGACGCCGGGGACUAUUCUAUCGCUCUCUGGAAGUGUUGGUCUCUCACUUUUCAUGUGGGUGAUUGGCACGUUUAUUGCCAUGGCUGGCACUGCAGUCUAUAUGGAAUGGGGCACGGCGAUUCCCAAAAACGGAGGCGAGAAGAACUACCUGGAAUAUGUUUACCGAAAACCCAAAUUCCUCGCCACGGCCAUGUUCGCUGCCUACGCCUUCCUCCUAGGCUGGGCUGCCAGCAACAGCGUGGUCUUUGGCCAGUAUAUCCUCAACGCAGCUGAGAUCGAGGUCGAUCGAUGGAAUCAGCGUGGUAUCGGGUUGGCCUGUCUCUCGGCUGCAUUCCUCGUGCACUCGAUCGCUCUCAAGUGGGGAAUUCGUCUGCAGAAUUUACUCGGCAUCAUCAAAUUGAUUAUCAUUUUGUUUAUUGUCGUGGCAGGUUGGGUUGCCCUGGCUGGACACACCAAGGCCGAGACGCCUCAUAACUUCCGGAAUGCCUUUGAAGGAACUAAAGGCAGUGGGUACAGCAUUGUUAUGGCGCUGUAUAAUGUCAUUUGGUCCUUCAUUGGAUAUUCGAAUGCUAACUAUGCCCUGAGCGAGACGAAGAAUCCAGUCCGCACCUUGAAAAUCGCGGCACCACUUGCAAUUGGCUCUGUCGGUAUUCUGUACAUGUUUGUCAACAUUGCCUAUUUUGCAGCUGUCUCGAAGGAGGAAAUGUUGGAGUCGGGCACUGUGGUUGCUGCCGUGUUCUUUGGAAAUAUGUUCGGCAAGCAGGCCGAGAAGGUGAUGUCGGUCUUUGUUGCUCUAUCGGCCUUUGGCAAUGUUUUGUCGGUGCUGUUCUCGCAAGGUCGAAUUGUCCAAGAGCUCGGGCGAGAGGGUGUUUUGCCCUUUUCCAAGUUCUUUGCUAGUAACUGGCCAUUCCAUUCACCAGCUGCUGGUUUACUCGAACAUUACAUUGUGUCUGCGAUCAUUUUGCUCGCCCCUCCACCUGGUGACGCAUAUAAUUUCCUUCUCAAUCUCAUCUCAUACCCGCUCUCGAUCAUCAACGUCUUUGUUUCUGGCGGCCUCAUCUAUAUCUAUCUGAACAGGAGCACCAAAUAUCCCAACUGGAACCCUGGGAUCCGUGCAACCCUCCCAGUGACCAUCUUCUUCCUGCUGUCGAAUAUAUACCUGGUGAUCGCUCCCUACGUGCCUCCCGAUGCAGGCCAGAAUGUCUACGAGCAGCUACCAUACUACCUGCACUGCGUUGUUGCUCUGGGCUUGUUUGCAUUCGGAGCUCUAUACUAUGUUGUCUGGGCAGUACUUCUACCUCGAUGGGGUGGUUAUGUGCUUGUUAAGGAAUCGGUGGUGGAUGCCGAUGGAUGGUCGCGUAGCGUGUUUACACGGAUUCCACAGAGUUCUACAGGGCGUACCUAG